CCUCCCUCCCCAGCCUUCCCCGCGAGCGGACGCGCUAGCGCCUCUGUCUCGCUUUUUCUUAUUUUUCCCCCCCUUUUCCCCGCUUUUUUUUUUCUCCCUUUUUCUCCCCUUCCCCCCUUUCACCAUUUCCCCUCGGAGGCGCUUCCCCCGGGCAGGGGCAGAGCCGGUCUCCCCCUCCGCCUCUCCCCGGCCCCCGCCGCCCUAUGGCGAGAGGGAGCCCCCUCCUCACCCGGGCACCAGCGGCGGCGGUUGGAGGAGCGGGACCGGCGGCGGCCUCGGGUCCAGAGUCAGCAUGGAACUAACUCGCUGAACGAGCCACCGGCCGCCGGCGUGCGUCCCGCUCCAGCGCCCGCUCCCCACUCCCCCGGCCCGGCUCCCCCUCUCCUCUCCUCCGCAGUCGGCCCGGUCCUGGCGUCGCGCGUCCCGAGCGUCGCGCGCUGAGGGAAAAUGAGGUGGUAACGGGCCCCCGGAUGACCCCGUGUCACCACUGUGAGGCCUACAGCUCCGCCGGGGAGGAGGAGGAGGAAGAGGAGGAAGCGGAGGAGAAGCUACAUCAAGCUGGGUGGCAGGCAGCUCCAAAGGAUAUCAUGAAGUUUCCAGGACCUUUGGAAAACCAGAGAUUGUCUUUCCUAUUGGAAAAGGCAAUCUCUAGGGAAGCCCAGAUGUGGAAGGUGAAUGUGCCGAAAUUACCUACAAAUCAGAAUGUUUCUCCAUCCCAGAGAGAUGAAGUAGUUCAGUGGCUGGCCAAACUCAAGUAUCAGUUCAAUCUUUACCCAGAAACAUUUGCGCUGGCCAGCAGUCUUUUGGACAGAUUUUUAGCUACUGUAAAGGCCCACCCGAAAUAUUUGAGUUGUAUUGCCAUCAGCUGUUUUUUCCUAGCUGCUAAAACUGUUGAAGAAGAUGAGAGAAUUCCAAUAUUGAAAGUAUUGGCAAGAGAUAGUUUCUGUGGAUGUUCCUCAUCUGAAAUUCUGAGAAUGGAGAGAAUUAUCCUGGAUAAGUUGAACUGGGAUCUUCACACAGCCACACCAUUGGAUUUUCUUCACAUUUUCCAUGCCAUUGCUGUGUCAACAAGGCCACAGUUACUGUUCAAUUUGCCCAAACUGAGCCCAUCUCAGCAUUUGACCAUCCUCACCAAGCAACUACUUCAUUGUAUGGCCUGCAGCCACCUUCUGCAGUUCAAAGGAUCCAUGCUGGCUCUGGCCAUGGUUAGUUUGGAAAUGGAGAAACUCAUUCCUGAUUGGCUUCCUCUUACAAUUGAACUGCUUCAGAAAGCACAGAUGGAGAGCUCCCAGCUGAUCCACUGUCGGGAGCUUGUGGCACAUCACCUUUCCACUCCGGAGUCUUCCCUGCCUCUAAAUUCCGUUUAUGUCUACCGUCCCCUCAAGCACACCCUGGUGACCUGUGACAAAGGAGUGUUCAGAUUACCUCCCUCCUGUGUCCCAGGCCCAGGUUUCUCCAAGGACAGCAAGCCCGAAGUGCCAGUCAGAGGUGCAGCAGCUCUCUACCAUCAUCUCCCAGCUGCCAGCGGGUGCAAGCAUACCUCUGCUAAACGUAAAGUAGAGGAAAUGGAAGUGGAUGACUUCUAUGAUGGAAUCAAGCGGCUCUAUAAUGAAGAUAAUGCGUCAGAAAAUGUGGGUUCUAUGUGUGGCACUGAUUUAUCAAGACAAGAGGGGCCUGCUUCCCCUUGUCCACCUUUGCGGCCUGUUUCUGUCAUGUAGUUUGAGCAGGUGUUACCUUCAGGUGCAAACUAAGGUAGACAACUCCAGGAAUGAGAACAAGGGAAAGGCAGCAAGCCUAUGGAUAUGUACCUUACCAGGCUGAUCUGAAGUGAGCCAGAAACAAACCCCAGCCCAUUGACCUGUGUGGCUAAUUUUAAUUGAACACUUCACAGAAAGAUCACUAUAUAGAGAUAGAUACGUAUGUCUAUCUGUAUCUACUUUAAAAUACCCAAAAUAUUUUUAAAAAGUAAAAAAAAAUCCUUGUAGUAUGUCAGUUCUAUUCUCUGCUAAAAUGUAAUGUAGUUUGCCCUGUGUCAAAUUUACUUUAAAAUUCUAGAAUUCAUAGCUUGCAAAUCCUGUCCCUGGCGUCCAAAUUUUCCUGCUGCUUUUGCCUGCGUCUCCAUGGAAUUCUCAUAAAUUUUAUGCAUGUUGAUCUAUACCCCAACAUCCACUGAAUAAGAAGCCCUCCCCUACAAAAUUUUUCAAGCAUACUUGACAUUUUCCUGAUUCAAAUUCUAAGUAGUUUGACAAGGAAAGUACCUUGGAUUGUCCCACAUGAGGCAGAGAUGGUAAUAGAACGUUUACAUGACUUUUGUUGUCGCAUUUCAAUUUGUCAUUUGAAAGCAAAAAUCACUUUUAUCUCUUGAAAUGAUGUAUAAUUAGGACAUCAUAGAUUUGCUGAAAGCAUUUUUGACAUUGUAUAUAAAAGAAUUUGUGAUAAAGUUAAUAUAUCAAGGUACUCACCAAAGAAAGAAUUAAGUUUUUGUAAUUGAUGAGUUUUCACUCAUUUAUGUUCAGUAAGAGACUUGAUUAUCUAGAUGUUGGGGCUGCUUUAACAUGUAACAACUAAAUUCAGUAUCCUAGCUUUAUGUUAAGUAUUGGGAUUUUCUGAUAAGUUACUUCUGCUGUCUCCCCAACCCAUCUUGGUUCCCCUUUAAUGACUCCUGGAUCCUGUGCUCCCUUUGCAGUCUGAAGAAGGCACUGCAGUCAGAACCAUGUCCUGAUGAGAAAAGCCUCUGGUAGCAAUAAAAGUUGUCCUUAA